GUAAUGGUUUGUGUCUCUCCCUCGCCCCGCAGCCCAGCCCCCCUCGCUCCCGUACAUGGUGAGACGAUCCCGCAUGCACAACGUUCCCGUCUACACCGACAUCACCCACGGCAACCGCAGGAUGACCAUCAUCCGCAAGAUCGAGGGCGACAUCUGGGCUCUGGAACAGGAAGUGAAGUCGUAUCUGACGCAGCUGACGGGGAAGUGCCCGCCCACUCAGGUCAACGAGGUCAAUAUGAGCAUCCGGGUCAAAGGUUCCUACGACGCAGAGCUGAAAGCCUGGCUGACGGAGAAGGGCUUCUGAGGCUUCGAGAACAGAGGGGGGAGGGGGGGCAGGCGGGGGCCAGCCCAGUUGAAAGGGUCUCUCUGUCUCUGUGGUUUUGGUGCCCGGCUGUUAGGAGUCUCCAGGCAAGCCCACAGAUAGGUAAAGACAGACAAGGAAUGCUGGGAAUCGGACUCCCGCUGCACAGCAGUGUGAUCCAGUCCUGCUUUCACUAGGAGUUUAAUAAUCAGACUCCCG